GGUCGGCUGGAGAGCCGGAGACUGAGAGGAGGCGGCGGCGGAGGCGGGGCGACUCCGGUGACCGGGAGCGCCUCAGACUAGCAGCUGCGGCGACUCCCCCCUUUGUGUCUGGUCUGCUCGGAACCCCUGGAGGUGCUUCCCGGAGGGGCUCAGGGUGUUUCGCAAGCUCUGCUGCCCACCCCUUCCUCGGCCACCUACGUCCGUCUUCCCGCCGCCCCCCGCCCUCGGCCCGCGACGCCCGAGCUCCGCCCGGAGCCCAGAGCUGCGGAGAACGAGGCGGCGGCGGCGGCGGCGGCGGUGGAUCCCUCCGGGGGGACUGUGAUUCGUUCACGCAAUCGACGGGAGGAGACCGGGCUUUCAUGGUGGAAUUUACUUCAGGCAAGAGCGAGGGGCUGGAGUAGCCGAGAGCGAGGCCCGGGCGGAGCGCCCUCGAAGGGCUAACCCCGCACCUCCCCGCGUGUCGCUCGCCCGGGCUCGCCGCGCCGCCACGACCCUCCCCUCCCCCGCGCCCCGAGGCCCGGCCUGCGCGACCCUCGCGCGAUUGUUCCUAGGAAGCCGUGGGCUCGCCCAUGGAAGCAGGCAUCUUUUUCGACCCAGUCGGCGGAAAGGAUUUGUUGAUGUCGAAAUCCGAGUGAAGGAAGCAACGAAGCGAAACUUUAAAAGGAACCCUACUGUCCUCCGAGUCGGGAGCGAUGCGACUCGGGCGGCCGGGCGCUGCUGCCUGCCCUGCUUCGCCCUUCCCGGCGGUCGGGAACUUGUUCUGAUCCUUAGUGCUCCCAUCGAGUCCCCGCCCUCCACUCCCCGGCACUCUGGAUAUGUUUUCUCCCAGAUCUGGCUAUUUUUUUGAUAUCGUGAAACUACGAGGGAAAUAAUUGCAGGGGUUUCUUCUGGGCUCCCUGCUUCUUCCCCACGGACAUGCCUUCAGUUUGGGGAACCGAGGCACCCCGUCCUAGGCGAAUGAAGCCCCCCAGCCGCGAGGGAGCGAAAUGAAGGGAAAUUCUGCAGUGGAAUGAGAGCUCUACAAGCUAGGUCCUCGCAUCUGCCAUUUGUCCUUUCAAACUGCAUUGUAAUCCGGGCAGGAUAAAUCAGGAAGAGCAGCCUCCUGGCCGGAUUUCUCACCCGAAUUUACUUUCCUGAUUUCUUUUCUUUGCCCUCCUGCUUCUUGGCUGGCCCAGGGAUGACUUCCUCGCUGCAGCGGCCCUUUCGGGUGCCCUGGCUGCUAUGGGCCGUCCUGCUGGUCAGCACUACGGCUGCUUCCCAGAAUCAAGAACGGCUGUGUGCAUUUAAAGACCCGUAUCAACAAGACCUUGGGAUUGGUGAGAGUCGAAUCUCUCAUGAAAAUGGGACAAUAUUAUGCUCCAAAGGGAGCACAUGUUAUGGUCUGUGGGAGAAAUCAAAAGGGGACAUCAAUCUUGUGAAACAAGGGUGCUGGUCUCACAUUGGUGAUCCCCAAGAGUGCCACUAUGAAGAAUGUGUAGUAACUACCACCCCGCCCUCAAUUCAGAAUGGAACAUACCGUUUUUGCUGCUGUAGUACAGACUUAUGUAACGUCAACUUCACUGAGAACUUCCCACCUCCUGAUACAACACCACUCAGUCCGCCUCAUUCAUCUAAUCGGGAUGAAACUAUAAUCAUUGCUUUGGCAUCGGUUUCUGUAUUAGCUGUUUUGAUAGUCGCCUUAUGUUUUGGAUACAGAAUGUUGACAGGAGACAGGAAACAGGGUCUACACAGUGUGAACAUGAUGGAGGCGGCAGCGGCAGAGCCCUCCCUCGACUUGGAUAACCUGAAGCUGCUGGAGCUGAUUGGACGGGGUCGAUAUGGAGCAGUAUAUAAAGGUUCCUUGGAUGAGCGUCCAGUUGCUGUAAAAGUAUUUUCUUUUGCAAACCGUCAGAAUUUUAUAAAUGAAAAAAACAUUUACAGAGUGCCUUUGAUGGAACAUGACAACAUUGCUCGCUUUAUAGUUGGAGACGAGAGGCUCACUGCAGAUGGACGCAUGGAGUAUUUGCUUGUGAUGGAGUAUUAUCCCAAUGGAUCUCUGUGCAAAUAUCUGAGUCUCCAUACAAGUGAUUGGGUAAGCUCUUGCCGUCUGGCUCAUUCUGUGACAAGAGGACUGGCUUAUCUUCACACAGAAUUACCCCGAGGAGAUCAUUACAAACCUGCAAUUUCCCAUCGAGAUUUAAACAGCAGAAAUGUCCUGGUAAAGAAUGGUGGCACGUGUGUUAUCAGUGACUUUGGUCUGUCCAUGAGGCUAACUGGAAACAGGCUGGUGCGCCCAGGGGAAGAAGAUAACGCGGCUAUAAGUGAGGUUGGCACAAUCCGCUAUAUGGCACCAGAAGUGCUAGAAGGAGCUGUGAACCUGAGGGACUGUGAGUCGGCACUGAAGCAAGUGGACAUGUAUGCGCUUGGGCUGAUCUACUGGGAGGUGUUCAUGAGGUGCACAGACCUCUUCCCCGGUGAAUCUGUACCAGAUUACCAGAUGGCUUUUCAGACAGAAGUUGGAAACCAUCCCACAUUUGAGGAUAUGCAGGUUCUUGUGUCGAGAGAAAAGCAGAGACCCAAGUUCCCAGAAGCCUGGAAAGAAAAUAGCCUGGCAGUGAGGUCACUCAAAGAAACAAUCGAAGACUGCUGGGACCAGGAUGCAGAGGCUCGGCUCACUGCACAGUGUGCUGAGGAGAGAAUGGCUGAACUCAUGAUGAUAUGGGAGAGAAACAAGUCUGUGAGCCCAACGGUCAACCCAAUGUCGACUGCUAUGCAGAACGAACGCAACCUAUCACAUAAUAGGCGUGUGCCAAAAAUCGGGCCUUACCCAGAUUAUUCCUCUUCCUCAUAUAUUGAAGACUCAAUCCAUCACACUGACAGCAUUGUGAAAAAUAUUUCCUCUGAGCAUUCAAUGUCCAGCACACCGUUGACAAUAGGAGAAAAGAACCGAAACUCAAUUAAUUAUGAACGACAGCAAGCACAAGCUCGAAUCCCUAGCCCAGAAACAAGCGUCACAAGCCUGUCCACAAACACAACCACCACAAACACCACCGGCCUCACUCCAAGUACUGGCAUGACCACGAUAUCUGAGAUGCCAUACCCAGAUGAGACACAUUUGCAUGCCACAAAUGUUGCACAGUCACUCGGGCCAACCCCUGUCUGCUUACAGCUGACAGAAGAAGACUUGGAAACUAAUAAGCUAGACCCAAAAGAAGUUGAUAAGAACCUCAAGGAAAGCUCUGAUGAGAAUCUCAUGGAGCAUUCUCUGAAGCAGUUCAGUGGGCCAGACCCGUUGAGCAGUACCAGUUCUAGCUUGCUUUAUCCACUCAUAAAGCUUGCGGUGGAAGUGACUGGACAACAGGACUUCACACAGGCUGCAAAUGGGCAAGCAUGUUUAAUUCCUGAUGUUCCACCUGCUCAGAUCUAUCCUCUCCCUAAGCAACAGAACCUUCCUAAGAGACCUACUAGUUUGCCUUUGAACACCAAAAAUUCAACUAAAGAACCCCGGCUAAAAUUUGGCAACAAGCACAAAUCAAACUUGAAACAAGUAGAAACUGGAGUUGCCAAGAUGAAUACAAUCAAUGCAGCAGAGCCUCAUGUGGUGACAGUAACUAUGAAUGGUGUGGCAGGUAGAAGCCACAAUGUUAAUUCCCAUGCUGCCACAACCCAGUAUGCCAAUGGGGCAGUGCCAUCUGGCCAGGCAGCCAACAUAGUGGCACAUAGGGCCCAAGAAAUGCUGCAGAAUCAAUUUAUUGGUGAGGAUACCAGACUGAAUAUCAAUUCCAGUCCUGAUGAACAUGAACCUUUACUGAGACGAGAGCAGCAGGCUGGCCAUGAUGAAGGGGUUCUGGAUCGUUUGGUAGACAGGAGGGAACGGCCAUUAGAAGGUGGUCGAACUAAUUCCAAUAACAACAACAGCAAUCCAUGUUCAGAACAAGAUGUCCCUGCACAAGGUGUUACAAGCACAGCUGCAGACCCUGGGCCAGCAAAGCCCAGAAGAGCACAGAGGCCCAAUUCUCUGGAUCUUUCAGCCACAAAUAUCCUGGAUGGCAGCAGCAUGCAGAUAGGUGAGUCAACGCAGGAUGGCAAAUCAGGAUCAGGCGAAAAGAUCAAGAGACGUGUGAAAACUCCAUACUCUCUUAAGCGGUGGCGCCCAUCCACCUGGGUCAUCUCCACCGAGCCACUGGACUGUGAGGUCAACAACAAUGGCAGUGACAGGGCAGUCCAUUCUAAAUCUAGCACUGCUGUGUACCUCGCAGAGGGAGGCACUGCCACAACCAUGGUGUCUAAAGAUAUAGGAAUGAAUUGUCUGUGAGAUGUUUUCAAGCUUAUGGAGUGAAAUUAUUUUUUUGCAUCAUUUAAACAUGCAGAAGACAUUUAAAAAAAAAAACAAAAAACUGCUUUAACCUCCUGUCAGCACCCCUUCCCACCCCUGCAGCAAGGACUUGCUUUAAAUAGAUUUCAGCUAUGCAGAAAACUUUAGCUUAUGCUUCCAUAUUUUUUAAUUUUGUUUUUUAAGUUUUGCACUUUUGUUUAGUCUUGCUAAAGUUAUAUUUGUCUGUUAUGACCACAUUAUAUGUGUGCUUAUCAAAAGUGGUCUCAAAAUAUUUUUUUAAGAAAAAAAGCAAAAACAGUGUAUUGCUGAUAAUCAGUUUGGACCAUUUUCUAAAGGUCAUUAAAACAGAAGCAAAUUAAGACAGGUUUGACUGCAACGGUGUCUGGUAUCCAUGUUUUAUUUCUGGGCACAAGCUAGUUUAUAUGUUACGUGUUUUUGACCAUAAUCUGUUGGACAUUCUUUUGUGUUUUAUUUGAAUGUGCAAUAGUCUGUAGACCACAAAGAAGCUUUCUCAUCUGCUCUCUUCCUAGCAGGGCACACAUUCUUCUUCCAUUGUUGAAAGAAACAUUUUCCCUGGUCUUCGACAAUAUGAACAUUUUCCAGCUUUCUCCUUAUGGAGAUGCUUAGACGCUGUCCAAAGGGCUCCACACAGGACUUACCAAAACAUUUAUUGAGAUGCCAUUGUCUUCUAACCUUCCAGUGCUAAGUGUUUCCUUCCAGGCAUUUCACUAAGUAUAUCUGGUUCUGGUUUUGGAAGUUCAUAAGAGAGCAUAGAACAAAACAGAGGAAAGCAAAUAUUAGCCUUCUCCCUUUUAUUUUUCUAUGUUUAUGUUCAUGUCUGUAUUCAUUAUUUAAGAAGUAUUUUUUAUCAAAAAGUGUAUAGGACUAAACCUACAUGGAAUGUUUAAAUAGCUGGGCAAAGUGAUUAGUAUAGUAACUUUCACUUUCUGACCAUCACAAAUUAAAUCACAUUUCCUAUUUAUAGUAACUUCAGGAGUAAUCGAAUCUAUAGGAUGGUUCCUUGUUUCCCAGCACUGCCUGACAGUUCUAUGUGAAAAAGUGAUUCCUCCUUCUCCCGUGACCUAAAACACUGUGGAAAGCUCCAGCCAGCUCGCCAGAUCCUAUGGAAGAAAGGCUUGCUGCCAACUUAGGGCCGUUGAGCAGACUAAGAUUGGCCCUGUCUUUCCUAACUUCGUUCUUCACUGACUGCUUUUGUAGUUUCUCCCUUUGCCAGUUUCACAUGUUCUCUGAUGGCGAGCAGCACUCACUAUGUUUGUCGUGAUAGAGCGUCUUCUGCUGACGAUGCGCCGUGACCUUGCUGUCACGAUGCUUUUACUUCUUUUGUCACUAAUGAUCUCUGAAACAACAGUCUCUGUGUCUUUUAAUAAAGCACUUUCUGUCAAAAA